CCUUGUAGUAUGUCUCAGUAAAUUGAUCCAUCUCCUCACUAAUAAUGUUGUGUGCAAAAGUUUGAAUUUGAAAAAUGUCAGAAAGAAUCAUUGUUGUGAGUGUGCACACUAACUCUUCUUUUGAGUAAAGUUUCACACCGAAUUCAAUAUAAUAAGUUUCUUUGUAAACAGGGGCCUAUAUAAUGUCUUGUCUUCUUGUUCAACAUUCUGAACUCUCUUUCUUUUGGAUUAGUAGCUAGGAGGCUAAAGCUUCAAAUGGGAAGAGUAGGGGGAAACAAAGAGGAAGAGGAGAUUGGGGAUUCAAGGAGAUGCUCUACAGACUACAAUCGUCACUAACCCCUCAUUACAAUGGCCUUGUUAGCAAGUUCAAGCAUAUAAAUAAGAGUGAUGAAUAGGGUUGUAUUUCAAGGAACGAUUCGGUUAGUGACUCUAUUUUCUUUUCUACAUCCUCAAUUAUAAUAGGAUAACCAAGUAAAAGAAAAAAAAGGAGAUUUGGAAAGUUAGAGGAAUGAUGAUUGAUGAGAGCCUCAUCUCAUCCAAACGAGAGGGAAGUUACAAAUUGGUUGGAAGAGAUAUUAAAUAUGAUGUUGGGAUGGGAAGAAGAAAGAAGUUUUUGAUUUGUUACGGGUGAUAUUAAAUGCUUGCACAUCCCCGACGCUAUUGUUAUGGGAAGAAGAAAGAAGUUUUUGAUCUCUAGCUCACGCUAUUGUGGCGAAGGCCAAACUUUGGCACUCUGCCUGGACAGCCCCGACGCUGCUGCCUACUUCAAGGGGUGGUCCGAAUAGCAGGGUGAUGGUGGACAUCUCUUGGACUCCUCCGUCGAGAGGAUGGGUAAAGCUUAAUCUCGAUGGAGCUUCGAAUGGCAACCCCGGGUUGGCAGGGGCUGGUGGUGUGUUGAGGGACGAGGCUGGGCAAUGGAUCUCGGGUUUUGUGGCCAAGAUAGGAGAGGCAUCAGCGGUCUUGGCGGAGCUUUGGGCCUUCUACUACGGUCUGGAACUAGCCUGGAAGGCGGGAUGCCGGACGGUUAUGAUUGAGUCAGAUUCCCAGCUUGCUAUUCAUUUGAUUCAUGACAGGCAGGAUGCAGUUCACCCAGGGGCGGAGCCACGAAUUGCAUGACAAAAAAAGCCCGUUCACCACUAACAGUAAAAACUAGAAGAGUCAAAACAAAACUAAUAAUCUAAUGUGUAACACUUUCUUGCAAGAUCGCAUAGCAGAAUACAUACAUACUAGGUUAGUUGAUAAUCCAAUAAUUAAAUACAAAAGAAAAUAAAGCAUUUGUAUAAAUUUCGUCUAAAAUGGAACUAAAGCCAAAACUGAAAUAACAGAUAGUAGAUAUUGAAAUGUGUAGAGUAAAAAUAAAACAUAAGCUCCCAUUGUACUCGAACUACCAACCUCACGCAACAAAUGAGUGAUGAUUUAUCACUGGUGGUCUUGUUAUUUAUAUUGAACGAGAUGUAAUCGACCCUUUCCGUAUAGGUAGUAUUUUGAGUGAUGUGAUUAAUCUCAAAGACGUCGUGUACGUUUAAAAUAAUAAAUUAUAUUUGAUAUUUUCUUAUAGUAUUAUUUUGUUUGAAAAUUUUUUUGGCCCCCCCGAACUUGAAUUCCUGGCUUCGCCCCUGAGUUCACCCCUAUGCUACUCUGCUCUCCUCUAUUCGCAGAAGAAUUAGUAGAGACUGGUUGGUGCGCAUCUCUCAUGUAUACCGCGAAGGGAAUAGAGUCGCGGACUGGCUCUCGAAGCACAGUCUCGUCUAUCCCUACGUUGUACAUGAGUUUGUGCAUCCACCUUCGGGCUUGAUCCCCUUUCUGCGGGAUGAUGUGCAGGGAGUUACUUUCCAAAGGCGGAUUGUGACACCCGCCACCACCUCUUCUCUUUCAGCCUCUCACCUGUAAUCCCCCUUUUCUUGGCGGCCAGCCUCCUAUUAUGCAAUAAGAAGAAAAAAAUGCUUGCACCUUCCUAUUCCCCAUCCACAUUAAUUCAAUCAAUCCUAAAGUCAUUGAAUUGCACCCAACCAGCCUAACUAAAACGCAUGCACUUCCCCUCUCUAUUCAUGUGUAUUAAUUAAUUGAAUCGUAGAUAGAUACAAUCAAAUUAAACGUUUGACCUGCCCAUGCUAGGACACCAAACUGAUGACCAGGGUACUUUGGAAACCAAACGAGACUUCUCUCAAUGAAGGCCACUUAUAAUCACGAGAUAAAUAGAAAGUUUAUAUCUUUUAAAUUGAAAGUUGACAUCUUUUACAUGAAUGAAAUCAGUCUGGGUUUUGGAGAUCAAAUAAAUCACAUAUGAAAGGAUUCAAAUUGAGUAUCGAUGAUAUGACGACGAUUUAACAAAUUAUGGCUCGAAAAUCUGGACAUAGGUUUGUUGGCAAGUUAAUUGGAGCCACUAUUAUCGGGUGAAUUGCAAAUUUGGUCACCCAUAUUAUCUAUUUGUAACAGGUUAGCCACUCGAAUCACUUUCACUUCAAUUUAGCCAUUGAUAUUACACACUUAUAUCAUCUUUGGUCACACGUCGUCUAGUUUCGUUAAAUCUGUCAUAUGUGGCAGUCAACAGUUAAGUUUGACUGUUAAAAUGAUGAUGUGGCAACAACUUGACUGACACAUAGACACCACCUUUGCAGCCAUGUCAUAAUUUAAUUCAAAAUUAUUUAAUAUAUUAUAGAAAAAUUCAAAAAUUAAAAAAGAAAAAUUGGAAAAACUA